UGCAACCGCGGCCAGGCCCGACCGCCCGGGGCCGGCACCGCCCGGCUCCUCGCGUCACUUCCGCCCGCGCCGGCCCGCCCGCGCCUGCGCGCUGCCGCUCUCUCUCCGUGACGGCACCGGCGGAAGAUGGCCAAGCGCACCAAGAAGGUCGGGAUCGUGGGUAAAUAUGGGACCCGUUACGGUGCAUCCCUUAGGAAGAUGGUGAAGAAGAUUGAAAUCAGCCAGCAUGCCAAGUAUACCUGCUCCUUCUGCGGCAAGACUAAAAUGAAGAGGAAGGCUGUGGGUAUCUGGCACUGCGGGUCCUGCAUGAAGACAGUUGCUGGUGGUGCGUGGACUUACAAUACCACCUCUGCAGUGACAGUCAAAUCUGCCAUCAGAAGACUGAAGGAACUGAAAGACCAGUAGAAGCUACUUCCUGUUCUCCUUGUGGAACAUCGUUUUUUCUCCACUGUCAAGACCUAUCCUUUUAUCAAUAAAAGGGUGAUGAUGGA